AUGCUGGACGCUGACUCUUUUCCCUUGGUCCCUCCGGUCCCCCCGGUGGCCCAGGAGCAGGUGGUAGAAUGUGGACCUAACAAACUCGGGGACAUAUUCACUUUCGUGUCUCAGGGAAGCUUCUCUGAGGCGGUGCCGCCUCCGCGCAAGAAGAACCUGAAGAGAUACGCGCGGAAGUUCACUGUUGAAGAGGGGAAGUUGUUCUACGUGGGCGUGAGGCGGGAGGAGAAGCGCGAGGUGGUGAUGGACCCGGAGAGGAAGCGGCAGAUCUUCCUCCAGUGUCACUUCAAUGAUGUGGGAGGGCAUCUGGGCCAAAAGAAGACUGUGCACAGAAUCCAGAGCCGCUUCUACUGGCUCGGCAUCGUGCGAGACGUGGUCGACUGGAUCAAAGUGUGUGAGACGUGCCGCGGUGCAGACAGGAGUAAGAUUCUGUCGAGAGCCACGAGGCUGCUGCGUGUGGCCGCUCCCUGGGACUUCAUCACCGCCCUCCUCUUAGGUCCGUUCCCGGUGUCUGCCCUGGGACACUCUCACCUCCUCCUCCUCCUCGAUCACUUCAGUAAAUGGCCUGAAGCGUUCCCUCUGCAGAGACCGGACCCAGAGGGAGUGGCCCGCGGCGUGUCCUCCUGCGUCUACAGGUUUGGAGCCCCCAAAACCAUCGCGUUCAUCCAGAGCCCAGACUUUUGCUCCCAGGUGUCCCGUGCGCUGAGUGAGACCUGGACUCUGUCGCUGCCUCUGGCCCCUGUGGACCAGGCCCUAGACUGCAGCGCCACCACUCUGCAGCGGGCGGUACUGCAGCUGGUGGAGGAAAGGCAGGAGCGGUGGGAGGAGCAUCUGGACAAGACUCUGUUCCAGCUGAGAACCAGUGUGGACCAAAACACCAAAUACAGCCCGUUCAGUUUGCUCUUCGGCCGGAGCGCACCCAAGACUCAAAGCUCUCUUCAGGAAAAGACUUGUCCACAUCUGAAAGCCAUCCAGGAGAAUCAGGAGGCCCUCAGACACAAGGUCCUGGAGAACUUGAACACAGCGUACAAACAGCAGAAGAAGACAAAUUCUAAACGAGGGUCUGGGUUGUACCUGGGCUUCAAUCAGAGCGAUAAAAAGUGA